UCCCAUACGCUGCGCCAGUGCCCGCGGUCGCGUUCCCUCCCUGGGGGAGUGGAUUUCCAGCGAGCGGAAGGAAGCUUCUCGGUCGGGGUCUCCGGGUGCAGUGUUUGUAGCGCAGAGCUACGGUGUCGUCUGUGCCUUUUAAUUUAUCGCCGCAGGUUAACGGACUGUUGGCUUGUGUGUGUCAUCGCUUUCAAGUGCCGGCCUGUGUUCCAGUGUUGUUGUUUCACCUGCUUUGCCUGUAGCCAGGUCGGCGGCUGUGGAGAUUCGGAACGGGGCCCGGGGGUUACCCCUUUUAUGCUACCGAGGGUUUCAGAAUGACUUCCCUCUUGACUUACACUAUUAAAAAUCUUCCCAGUGCAUCCAAAUGGGCCCUCAGAUUUUCUGUAAGAUCUCUGAGCUGUUCCUCCCAGCUACGAGCUGCCGCAGCUGCCCAGACUAAAUCGAAGAAAACCUUAGCCAAACCCAAUAUAAGGAAUAUCGUGGUGGUGGACGGUGUGCGCACUCCAUUUUUGCUAUCAGGCACUUCAUAUAAAGACCUGAUGCCACAUGAUUUGGCUAGAACAGCACUUUCGGGUUUGUUGCAUCGGACCAGCGUCCCAAAGGAUGUUGUUGAUUAUGUCAUCUUUGGGACCGUUAUGCAGGAAGUGAAAACAAGCAAUGUGGCUAGAGAGGCUGCCCUCGGAGCUGGCUUCUCUGACAAGACUCCUGCUCACACUGUCACCAUGGCUUGCAUCUCUUCCAACCAAGCCAUGACCACAGCUGUCGGCUUAAUUGCUUCUGGCCAGUGUGAUGUGGUCGUGGCAGGUGGUGUAGAGUUAAUGUCCGACAUCCCUAUUCGCCAUUCAAGGAAAAUGAGGAAGAUGAUGCUGGAUCUCAACAAGGCCAAGACUCUGGGUCAGCGACUAUCCUUAAUCUCUAAAUUCAGAUUGAAUUUCCUGUCACCUGAGGUUCCUGCAGUGGCCGAGUUCUCCACCAAUGAGACCAUGGGCCACUCUGCAGACCGACUGGCUGCUGCCUUUGCUGUUUCUCGGCUGGAACAGGAUGAGUACUCUCUGCGCUCACACAGCCUGGCCAGAAAGGCACAGGAUGAAGGACUCCUUUCUGAUAUUAUGCCCUUCAAAGUACCAGGAAGAGAUAUAGUUACUCAAGAUAAUGGCAUUCGUCCUUCCUCUCUGGAGCAGAUGGCCAAACUGAAGCCCGCAUUCAUCAAGCCCUAUGGCACAGUGACAGCUGCAAAUUCUUCUUUCCUGACUGAUGGUGCAUCUGCAGUGCUGAUUAUGGCAGAGGAAAAAGCUCUGGCCAUGGGUUAUAAGCCGAAGGCAUAUUUGAGGGAUUUCACAUACGUGUCUCAGGAUCCAAAAGAUCAGCUUUUACUUGGACCAACAUACGCUACUCCAAAAGUUCUAGAAAAGGCAGGAUUGACACUGAAUGAUAUUGAUGCUUUUGAAUUCCAUGAAGCUUUCUCAGGUCAGAUUUUGGCUAAUUUCAAAGCCAUGGAUUCUGAUUGGUUUGCACAAAACUACAUGGGUAGAAAAGCCAAGAUUGGAUCGCCUCCUUUGGAGAAAUUUAACGUCUGGGGUGGAUCACUGUCCCUGGGGCACCCGUUUGGAGCCACUGGCUGUCGGUUGGUCAUGGCAGCUGCCAACAGAUUACGGAAGGAAGGAGGCCAGUAUGGUUUAGUUGCCGCCUGUGCAGCUGGAGGGCAGGUAUGUCACAGAGGCUUCAUAGGAGCUUCUGGAAAGUCGUUUCCUUGGAAACAAAACAAACUCACCCAAGAAUGUUUGAUGUAGCUUAAUUUGAAACAGUCUUAGAACAGUUUUUCUGAUGACAGACAACCAGAAAAAAAGCAACCCAUUUUUGGGUGGAGAGGGUAUAACUUUAAUUCUGAUAUUACUUUGAAAGGAAGAAGCUAUUUAAAUCCAAGUUAUUUUUUUCCCUAAAAUAAUGUUUACAUUUUUUGUUUAUAAAAGUUAUGUAUGCCCAUUAUGGAAACUAUGGAAAAUACAAAAAAUGUGUAGGAAAUAAAAUUAGAAUCACUUGUAAUCCCCUCAUCAGACACUUAUUAUUCACACUUUGAUACGUUUUCUUCUUUAAUAAUAUUUUAUUCAUUUGUCUAGCCACCAUGAGACCUUAUCUAAAAAAUCUCUCCAAGAGGAAAACUGUCUUUCUUGAGAACUGAACUGUACCUUAAUGAAGAAUUAAUUUGCCUCUGGGUAACUUAUUGCUAUUUAGCUGAGGGAAAUUAUGUUUUUAUACAGAUUGUUUUCUGUCUGCUUUACUUGUGUUGUUGAUGAAACUUCCUACCUGCUAUAGCAUUUCACUGUGGGGAUACAAUCGAAAAGGAAAGGCUGGCUGUAAUCUUUUUUUUUUUUUUUUUAACUCUGAUGGAAACAGAUUUGAUUUUUCUCCAGGUAACAGAAACUGUCUAUUGCUGACCAAGAUGAGUAAGAUAUGUAAAAGUAUAAACAUCUUACAUUUAAAAGCCUUUAUUUAUGGCUUUUCCUCAGAGACUUUGAAGAAGCAAGGGUCAGUUAUUUUUAGGUUGGAAUAUUUUAGACUUCACAAUCAGCAGUAUUUUCUGAUCUGUGUAACUUCUUUUACAGAAAACCAUGGUCCGUCAGGACUGGAGCCUUCCCUCUUAUCUUUCUAUGCCAAAUUUAAAUGAGGGGAAAACUAGUGCACAGCACUGUACAUAUUGCGUAGUCCUCAUAGGUGAAUGUCCUUUGGUUUUGAGUGUUUGCUCUCUCAUUUUUUAAUCUAGCACAUAGAGGAUUAAUAACACAAUUCCAGAUGCUUUUGUGGAUGAACAAAGAAUAAUAUCCAGUAUUAUUGCUUUCCUCUAAAAGUUUACAGUGAGGAAGGAGGAAGUGAGGAAGGAGAUGCUGUAUCUUAGAAACUAGAUUAAAUUUGGCAUUGUUUUAUCAAGAGCCAAAUGAUGCUACAAACGUAAUUAGAUCAGAGGAGGAAUCCAUCUUUGUGGCUCUAGAGCAGGAUCUCUCAGCUUCAGCACUAGUAACAUUUUGGGCCAGAUGCUUCUUUGUUGGGGGGUGGGGGGAUUGUGCUGUGUGUUGUAGGGUAUUUAACGUGGUCUCUACCGCUAGACACCAGUAGCAAACCACCCCCCUCACUACACCCCGCCAUACACACAUAAUUGGGACAACCAAAAAUAUCUCCAGACAUUGCUAAAUGUCCUCUGCGAGGGUGGGGAGCAAAAUCAAUGCAGCUGAGAACCACUGACCUAGAGCAGUGUAAAAGAUUUGGAACAUGAAAACAACACAGUUUAAAUAAAACAGAAGAAGGAAUAUUCUACCUUAUUAUGGGCCCUUCUAGGACAACCCCAAGUCAGUCAACGCUUCCCACCCAUGUUCUUUUGUGUGCUUGUGCCUGUUUAAGGCAUUUAAGAGUUUGUUUUGAACUACAGUGCAUACUAGAUUGAAGAUAGAGACCAUGUAGCAAAACUGUACCCACACAGCGUUCAGCUUGGUGCCUUCUAAAUAAUAGUUGCUUAAUAAAUAUUUGUGGGGAUUGAAUUGAAUCUAGAAGCAGGGAGCAUAGUUAGACUGUUAACUAGUUUGAUGGCAGUCCAAAAGAUAGAAUGGCUAUGAUUAUCAGAUAAGAUUUAGACUAAUAAAAACAUAAAUUUCUAUACUAGGUUUAAAGUAAGGAGGUAACUAGAAUGCGGCACUGUGCCUAGUGCUAGGGAAGUAAUUUUCUACCUUUUUACCUUUGUGAGGCCUCAGAUCAGCAUCUGCACCUGCAUAGAGUAGUACAGAAGAGACCAAGUUUAGGAAUCAUCUGGUUUCAAGUCCUGGCCCUGUUACUUAGUAGCUUUGUAAAUUUGCACGAGUAACUUAACCUUUCAAAGCCUCAGUUUUCUCAUCUGGAAGAGAGAAAACUGUUGUUGUAUUCACUGUAUCAUGUUUAUUUUUAUACAGCUAAAAAAGCCCCCAUGGCUUAUUUUAAUAGCAACCACUUACAGAGCAUCUUACGAGGAAUCAGACUGUGCUAGAUAGACAGAUACUCAUGUGUAUACGUGUAUAUAUGUGUGUAUAUGUAUACACACACGUACGCUAAUUGAAUGCUCAUAAAAACACUUUGAAGUGGGCACCAUGAGCCCCAUUUUAUAGAGGAAGUCGAGGUUCAGAAUGGCUAAUAACUUUCCCAAGAUCACACAAUGUUUGAAUGGCAGAGAUAGGAUUAAAUUCCAAAGCCUGUUGUUCUCUGCUGCCUCCAUACUGGCUGGAUUCAUUGCCUUUCAUUGUUCUAAUUGAACUUUUUUUUCUU